UUCAAUAUUUCGCUAACUUAUCUCAUUUAUAAACAAAAAGGAAAUACAAUAAUUUUAAAAAAUCUUUUAAAACAGAACCGUCGAGAAAAGAUGACGUUUCCGUUGUUAAUUACAUUCCAUUUUAAUGCAUAUUUUUGCCACCAUGAAAAGAACUUGGUGGUACGGUUUAGCGAUAUUGGUUGGCAAAAUUGGAUUAUAGCGCCGACAACAUUUGAAGCGCAUUACUGCAGUGGAUUAUGCACAUUUCCCCUUCAGAAGAAGAUGAAUCCAUCAAAUCACGCAAUUGUUCAAUCAGUGAUGCAUGCAACUGAUGUUAAUAGAAGAAUACCAGCUGUCAGUUGUGCUCCUGAAAGAAUGGAUUCGCUAACUCUGUUAUAUUACGAUGAAGUGGAAAAUGUUGUGUUGAAAACCUAUCCAAAUAUGAUUGUCUCGUCUUGUUCAUGCUUGUAA